AUGGUGGCUAGCAACAAGGUAGAGGUAUCGCUGAAGCGUGUGCGGAACCAUGGGAAAGUAUCUAUCGAAGCAAUGCCCAUGAGCUGUGACACCGAUCUGAAGCAGAUCCCUGAUCCAUUACCAAAGAGAAACAUCUUCUUUAUGCUUAUUGGGAAACCGGGGAGCGGUAAGACCAACUUGAUGUUAAACCUACUCACAUUGCCCAGCAAGUUCUAUCAUCGGAAAUUCGACAAGGUCUACAUAUUUAGUCCCUCGGUGCACACGAUGAAGGCAAAGCUCAACAUACCCAAAGACCAGAUAAGAGAAUCGCUAGAGACGUUCCCUGCUCUAUACGAAGAGUUGCUGGAGAAGAAGAAGCGUAACGCCGGACACCAUGCCUGUAUCGUGAUUGACGAUCUAACCCACGAGUUUGCUAAGCAGGGUAAUAUCCCUGAACUUAUUAAGGCAGCACAGAAUCGCCGUCAUGCCGGUAUUGCGUUGAUUAUCAUUACACAGAAACUAAACAAGGUCCCCUCAGAGGUUAGAGCUCAUGUAAGCGAUGUGUGCUGGUUCUUUAGCAACUCAAUCCAGGAACAGGACGUGCUGCGAAAAGAAUUCUGCGAUCUCAAACGCGACGAGUGGCGUAGUCUAGUGCGACAAGUGUUUAACGAUGCCCACGAUUUCCUAUACAUUAAAAGCGAUGCCAGGAUGUUUAAGAAUUUUGAUUACCAGAUCAUGCUCGGUGGGAGUGAUACAGAGUCGAGCAGUAGCGAUGAAAUGUCUACGGACACAGAUAACGACAGUAGCGAUGAAAACAGUGACGACAACAAAGAUAAACAAGAACAAUGA